CUCGCUCGCUCGCUCCCUUUAUUUGUUUCUUUUCUCGGAUAUCAGUUUCCCCUCUAAACAGACAGAUAUUUUCGUUUCGUUUUGUUUCCGAUUAUCCAAACGGUAGCCAAGUUUUUCCGUGGAGAUUCUUCUUGAGCUCUGCUUCAAAUGGCGGUUUCAGUUUCGGCAUCUACGAUUGCUUCGUUGAAUUCGGGGCUCUCUAAUCGUUUGGCGACUUCGUCUUACUCGUCGAACUUAUCUUCGUCGUCCUCUCUCCAGUUUCCUCUACAGCUCCGGCGAGUUCGAAUCGGGACCGCGGGGCUGUGCUCUCCCUCGGGGGCUCGAGUCCUUCCUCUGGUCAAAGCCAAGAACCAAACAUUUUCCUCCCUUGAUGAUUUGCUUUCUAAUUCUGACAAACCUGUAUUGGUUGACUUCUAUGCAACCUGGUGUGGUCCUUGUCAAUUCAUGGCUCCUGUCCUCAAUGAAGUCGCUUCUCAGCUGAAAGAUAAGAUCCAGGUGGUGAAGAUCGACACCGAGAAGUACCCUAGCAUUGCUGAUAAAUACCGAAUAGAAGCUUUGCCUACUUUCAUCAUAUUUAAGGACGGAGAACCAUGUGAUCGCUUUGAGGGCGCUUUGGCUGCAGAUCAGCUCAUCCAACGCAUUGAGAACUCUCUGAAAGUUAAGCAAUAGUUGAGAUUGGAAUAUUGGAUUUGAUAAAUGAAGAAUGCACAGGAAAUUGCUAGCCUUCUUUGAGCGCUCCCUCUCCAAUUUUUUGUAUCUGUCGUUGUAACCAAAAAAUGUGACGUGUAAGGGCCUUGUUAUGUUACCCUGGAUUAUGUUAAAUUAAGCCAAGUCAAACAAACAUUGAUUACAGAUUGUUUGGACUACAAGGGAUCUGCACAAAAGUUGCGUACGUAUUGAAAUUUUGAUGAGAAAAUUUAAAAUUUUUCUUUUU